AUGCCGCUUCACCAUCGCCAACAUCCACUCGUCAGAGCCAAGUCCGCCUCUCCUACGCGCACCUCGCACUUGAGCAAACCUUCACAAACCUCCAAGUCAAAAUCACCACAACUACUCACCGCUGACCAGGUGCCCGAAUGGUAUUCCACCAACAAUUGGACCAUCAAUGGGUAUCGACCUGUCACGCACUCUGUGCGCCUCUGCUUCGCAAGCCUACGUUACAUGCACAAUGAGAGCGUCAACAUUUACACACAUCUGCCGUCGAGUGUAUUUGCGGAUCAGCUCAUCUUCCACAUCUACUUGACCACGUCGUUGGUGUGUUUUGGUAUAUCCGCCGCCUACCACACUUUACUCUGUCAUUCCGAGCACUACUCGAAUCUCUGGGUCCGACUCGACUAUGCAGCGAUUGUCAUACAGAUACUGGGCUCAUUCGUCUCGGGUAUCUAUGUCUCGUUCUACUGCGAGCCGCGUCUACAGGUUAUCUACUGGGCAAUGAUUCUCGUUCUUGGGACGAUUGCGGGUUACAUCAACCUCAGCCCCGGUAUGCAAAGCCCGGAAUGGCGGUCUGUCCGGCUGGCCUCCUUUGUCGUGACCGGCUUCUCAGCUUUCGCCCCCAUUGCUCAUGCUGUGGCAAUCUUCCCCUACGGCCAGCUUGACCAGCAAGCUGGAUUGAAAUGGUAUUAUCUCGAAGGCGUCUGGAUGAUGGCUGGGUCGCAUUACCCCGAAGCGCGGUAUCCCAAAAGGUUCGACAUUUAUGGUGCUUCGCACCAAGUCUUUCACUGUUUCGUCGUCGUGGGCGCGGCCCUGCACUUUUACGGCAUCCUGAGCGCCUAUAACUGGAACUAUCAGCAUCAGCGCUGUUCGUGGUGA